UUGUCUUAAUCUCUUCUGCUCUGAUCUGUUUGGUGGCGUUGGUGUUGUUCUUCUUCUUCUCACUUUCUGACAGUUUCUGCAGCAAAAGCACAUAAUAUCUUUCCAUUGCUGGAAAAAGAAACAAAGAAGAAACUCUUCGUUUCCAGGAUUCUCGAGUUGACUAGCUUCUGCAAGUUUUCUUUUUUGCUAUUGGUUCUCUUGUACUGUGUGUUUCUUCUUUAUAUUUUCAAGAAAGAAAGAAAGAGAGUUUUUCAGGAAUUGGCUGUUCUUGCAUUUCCCUGGAGAAGCGUCAACACUUUUGAGGUGUGAAAUUGAAAAGCCGCUUGCGUUUUACGUAUAUAAAUGGAUAGUCCGUUCAAGUCUUCGCCGUAUCGCCGGCGACGUGAUCUAGAGGCCGGAGACCCCUCCACCGAUGAUGAGUCCUCCGGUCCCUUUGACAUUCUAAGUACUAAAAACGCCUCUAUUGAACGUCUUCGCCGUUGGAGGCAAGCUGCACUUGUGCUUAAUGCUUCUCGUCGUUUUCGCUACACCCUGGACUUGAAGAAGGAAGAAGAGAAGCAGCAAAUUUUAAGAAAGAUAAGAGCACAUGCACAAGUCAUACGAGCUGCAUAUCGUUUUAAAGCAGCUGGGGAACAAGCAAAUGGAAACGUAGAAUUACAUGCAACCCCUACAGGUGAUUUUGGAAUUGAUCAAGACCAACUUUCCACAAUGACAAGGGACCAUAAGCUUGAAUUUCUAGAGCAAAUUGGGGGGAUAAAAGGGCUUUCUGAUAUUUUAAAAACAAAUAUUGAGAAGGGGAUCUAUGGAGAUGAUGCUGAUUUACUGAAGCGAAAGAACGCAUUUGGAUCAAACACAUAUCCACAGAAAAAAGGGAGGAGUUUCUGGAUGUUCCUCUGGGAAGCUUGGCAAGAUCUUACUUUAAUCAUAUUGAUGGUGGCUGCUGUGGCUUCUUUGGUGCUGGGUAUAAAGACAGAGGGUAUUAAGGAGGGAUGGUAUGAUGGGGCCAGCAUUGCUUUUGCAGUUAUUCUUGUCAUUGUUGUGACAGCUGUAAGUGAUUACAAACAAUCCCUUCAGUUCCAAAAUCUAAAUGAGGAGAAGAGAAAUAUACAUAUGGAGGUUAUUAGAGGGGGUAAAAGAGUUAAUGUUUCAAUAUAUGAUAUUGUUGUUGGAGAUGUCGUGCCCCUCAAUAUCGGUGACCAGGUACCUGCUGAUGGAAUUUUAAUCACUGGUCACUCUCUUGCAAUUGAUGAAUCUAGCAUGACUGGAGAAAGCAAGAUCGUUCACAAGAGUUCCAGGGAACCAUUUCUGAUGUCAGGCUGUAAAGUGGCUGAUGGCAGUGGCACUAUGCUGGUGACAAGUGUUGGUAUUAACACUGAGUGGGGGUUGCUUAUGGCUAGCAUUUCAGAAGACACUGGUGAAGAGACACCCUUGCAGGUGCGCUUAAAUGGAGUUGCGACUUUUAUUGGUAUUGUUGGACUGACUGUGGCUCUGCUUGUCUUGGUUGUCCUUAUGAUCAGAUUCUUUACUGGUCAUGGGAAGGAUCCAGAUGGAAAAAUUCGGUUUAAAGCGGGUAAAACUAGUGUUAGUGAUGCAGUAGAUGGAGCCAUUAAAAUCCUUACUGUGGCGGUCACCAUCGUUGUAGUUGCAGUGCCUGAAGGUCUUCCUUUAGCUGUUACUUUAACUCUUGCCUACUCUAUGAGAAAAAUGAUGGCAGAUAAGGCCUUGGUGCGCAGGCUUUCUGCCUGUGAAACCAUGGGUUCUGCAACAACCAUUUGCAGUGACAAGACUGGAACUUUAACCCUGAAUCAGAUGACUGUUGUUGAUGCUUAUGUCGGUGGCAAAAAAGUUGAUCCUCCAGAAAAUAAGUCACAGUUGUCUCCUAAGCUGUUGUCAUUACUUAUUGAAGGCAUUGCACAGAAUACAAAUGGCAGUGUUUUUAUUCCUGAGGGUGGGGGAGACCUAGAGGUUUCUGGAUCACCAACAGAGAAGGCAAUUCUUGUUUGGGGAGUCAAGAUGGGCAUGAAUUUUGAUGCUGUCCGAUCAGAAUCUACUGUUAUUCAUGUUUUCCCAUUCAACUCACAGAAAAAAAGAGGCGGUGUAGCAUUACAACUGCCUGAUUCUGAAGUUCGUAUACACUGGAAGGGAGCUGCUGAAAUAGUCUUAUCCUCAUGUACAGCUUACAUUGAUGGAAAUGAUGACAUCAUCCCAAUGGAUGAUGAAAAGGCUCUUCUUUUCAAGAAAGCUAUCGAAGAUAUGGCAGCAAGCAGUUUGCGCUGUAUUGCUAUUGCAUAUCGAUCUUAUGAGAUGGACAAAGUUCCAGUUGGUGAAGAGGAGCUGAGUCGAUGGUCAUUACCAGAGGAUGAUCUUGUUUUGCUAGCUAUUAUUGGCUUAAAGGACCCAUGCCGACCCAGUGUCAAAGAAGCAGUGCAACUAUGUCAAAGCGCUGGUGUGAAGGUGCGUAUGGUCACUGGCGAUAACCUUCAGACUGCUAGAGCAAUUGCUUUGGAAUGUGGAAUACUAGGUUUAGAUGAAGAUGCUGUGGAGCCCACCCUUAUUGAAGGAAGAGUUUUUCGAGAAUACUCGGUUGAAGAAAGGGAAAAACAUGUUGAGAAGAUAUUGGUAAUGGGACGAUCUUCUCCAAAUGACAAGCUUCUGCUUGUGCAAGCAUUGAGAAAAAAGGGACAUGUUGUUGCUGUAACUGGAGAUGGUACAAAUGAUGCUCCUGCAUUGCAUGAGGCGGAUAUCGGCCUUUCAAUGGGCAUUCAAGGAACAGAAGUCGCCAAGGAAAGCUCAGAUAUCAUUAUCCUGGAUGAUAACUUUGCUUCUGUUGUGAAGGUUGUUCGAUGGGGUAGAUCUGUGUAUGCAAAUAUUCAAAAAUUUAUCCAGUUUCAGCUCACAGUUAAUGUUGCAGCUCUCAUCAUAAAUGUUGUGGCUGCAAUCUCAUCUGGUGAUGUGCCAUUAAAUGCUGUUCAGCUUCUCUGGGUUAACCUUAUCAUGGAUACUCUAGGAGCAUUGGCGUUGGCCACUGAACCACCUACUGAUCACCUAAUGCAUCGUUCCCCUGUUGGUCGAAGGGAACCUCUGAUAACAAAUAUCAUGUGGAGGAACCUGCUGAUACAGGCAGCGUAUCAGGUGACCGUGUUGCUUAUUCUUAAUUUCCGAGGAAAAAGUUUAUUAGAUUUGAAGCAUGAUAAUGCUGAGUACGCAAACAAAGUGAAGAAUACAAUAAUAUUCAACUCAUUUGUGCUGUGUCAGAUCUUCAAUGAAUUUAAUGCCCGGAAGCCAGAUGAAGUAAAUAUUUUUGAAGGAAUCACAAAGAACCAUCUCUUCAUGGGGAUAGUUGCAGUAACACUCAUUCUUCAGAUUAUUAUUAUCGAGUUUAUUGGGAAGUUUACCUCAACAGUAAAGCUUAAUUGGAAGCAAUGGUUGGUUUCUGUUGCUAUUGGUUUCAUCAGUUGGCCUCUUGCUUUUGUUGGCAAACUGAUACCGGUUCCGGAGACUCCAUUGCAUAAGUUCUUUCUUAGAUUUUCUCGGCAUACAAAUCCUCAAAGCACCGAAACUUGAUAUUUCAAGUGGUUGAUCAGAACAAGGCAUGAGGAUUUACAGCAUUGCCUUUAAAACUUUCAUAUACGAAGUUAAAAUACAUAAUUUAGAUGUUUUGUUUUGUUUUUGUUUUUUUUUAAAGUCUCUAUUUUGCGUUUAUAUAGAAUGAGAUACGAAAUUAUACGGAUCUUUUACUUACAGUUGUUGAUGAAGAAAAGGGAAAAGGGCAGCAAUCCUGUUUUGAAGGAGUUUUGUGUUGUUUUAUUCUUUACACGUCUGCUUUUCCCGAAAACUUUUUUGAUGUUUUUUCAAACUUUAUUUUAUUUUUUUAUUUUUUAGCUUGUGCUGGUGGAUUGUGUUUGUACAUGUAUAUUACUUUUGAAAGUAAAUUAAGGAUGUUACUGUGGAUUA